CAUACCAAUAAUUGGAACACGGGUUGGGUCGGGUUCUACGGGUUGUGUAAUCCAAAAUCCAAACCCAACCCAAAAGAGCGGGUUGUACAAAGGAAAACCCUCACCCAACCCAAAACCUUCGAUUUAGCGAUAAAUACGGAUGGGUUGGGUCGGGUUGGACAGGUGGGUCGGUUUGCGGGUGUGUUUGUUCACCCCUAACACCAGCACCCACGCGUGAGGCGUACGGAUCGGCGAUGGAUGAAAAGAGGAAUUGGGCGACUCAUGUCCUGGCAGCGUUUCCGGUGUCGAUGAUUCAGCAAGUUGUCAGUGGAAUCUUCAAAUUUUCGUCCUUGAGACGCAAUAGCCAGAUCAAAAUCGAGGGGGAGGAGAAAGAUCUGACCUUGUUCAAACCUGCGGUGGUUAACAAGGUGGAUGAGUUGCCGGGAGAAUUGCUGGUGGAGAUCCUGGUUCGGCUCCCCGCUAGAGAUCUGUUACAGCUCAAGUCCGUCUGCAGAAGCUGGAAUGCCACAAUUUCAAGCCCCUUCCUGGUUUCCAUGCACCUCAGAAACUACACCAACGGCCCGGCUGGCUCUGCUUCUCAGACCCUGAUGGUGUGCGAGCAUCCAAACUUUGAUGUAAGAUAUGAUGGCUUCACACCGGUUAGGCUAUUCUCUCCUCUUUGUCACGGUGGUCAUGUAUCACCACAAGUUCAGUACCUGAAGUUUAAUACGCUUAUAAUCGCCGGACCCUGCAACGGCAUAUUUCUGAUGGGCGAUGGCAAGUCGGAAGUGCGUAUAUGGAACCCAGCAACCGGCAAAUCUAGGGAAAUCACGAUGCCACCGGUCAGGAAAAGCACUGCCGCAACACACUAUUUCGACAACUACGGGUUCGGGCUAGAUCCAGUGGCUAAGGAUUUCAAGAUAGUUAUGAUUAGGCACUUCUGGAAUGAUGAUACAGCCGUUACCCCCUGGUGCGUUCUUGUAGCCAGCUCCUCUCCCAAAUUCCCUUCACAAGUGGUGGUGUACACACCUGGCACUGAUACUUGGAGGGAGCUAGAAGAGUUGCGGCUUGAAGUUCGUAUAUUCGACUCCGUCCGAUCUUACAAUUACUUGAAUGGGUUCUUUUUCUGGGCAUGCUUAUCUCCUCUUGCAGCACUGGCGUUCGACCUCGAGAAUGAGGUUUUCCGUGUGGUUGACGAUCCGGUGCCCAACCUAUAUGAUCGCAUUUAUGUUGAGGCUGGUAUGAAACAGCUUCUUGUGUACAAGGAUGCGCUUGCUUUGUUUCUUUUCCAGGAGAGUAGCGGUGGUUGUGACAUGUGGUUACUGAGUGAAGAAUGGCGUUGGGUCAAGCACCAGACUGUUGCUCCCUUUAUUCCACCUUCUGUGAUGCUGCCGACGCCGGAGGUUGCUGCUGGUGAGGAUUGGAUGCCAGGUAAUUACCCUUAUAUAUCUGUGGUUGGGUGGUGGAGGGACGACGAGCUUAUUCUUGUUAGGGGUUAUGGCACAUCUGAAACCCAUGAGUUGGUGUUGUUCGACCCUGCUACUCAGGCCACUAAAGUUGUGGCAGAUGGUGUUCAUGGAGCUCGCAGGGUUUAUGUUAACAAAGAAAGCUUGGUCAGUGUGGGGUGAAAUCAUGAGGUUGGGCAGUGGGACAUGACUUAUAUUCAGGUUUUUGUUGCCCACCGGGAAUGAAUUAUGAGCUAUUCUCAGUAUUGUUGGCUGUGUUAUUACUCUCUAUAUAUAUAUACUAGCUUUUAUCUGAACAGUGUUGGUCGCCAGGUCGGAUGAAUUCAUCUGAUUUCAACUUAGUCUGUUUUAUACUGUGCUUCUGUGGGUUCAGAUUCAGAAGUGUGGUGACAAUUGGGAGGGUUAGCUGGGGAUGCAUUUUUUUUUUUUAAUGGUUUAGCCGUUUAGGUCUAUUUACUCUUUCACACUGUUGAUAGAUCUCAUGGUUCGAUUUAAAGAUGCGGUCGAUACAUAUAUACUAGCUAGAUGAAUUCAUAAGAGCGGAUACGCGCGAUUCAAACUUUUAGGUUCAUUGACGGCCGUUAAAAUUUGUAUUUUUGUGAAUUAUAGGUUGUGAAAACUAAACCUGAGAGCACUUA